CUGGCCUCUCACGACUUUGUCCGGCUGGCAUAGCGGCGCUGGUGCUGCCCCUGGUGCACGAAACGACUGCAACCAUCCCUAUGGCCGAGUUUACCGAUCAAUUUGCAGAAAAUGGGGGCAUCUCGGGCCUCAUGGAGGCGCUGGCCAUGCACGGCGGCCUGCAGCAGCGCGUUUGCGUCGUCGUCGGCGUGACGGGCGACGGCAAGUCGACGACGGGCAACACCUUGUGCGGCCGCGACGUUUUCGAGACGAGCACGGGGCUGUGUUCGGCGACGCGCGGCCACGCGAUCGGCACGUACACGGCCGGCGGCUCGUUACAUGGGACCCUGUGGCGCGUCAUCGACACGAUCGGCUUCGAGGACUCGUGUUUGCCACAGGACGAGGUGGCGAGGCUCUUCGGCGCCUUCGCGGACGACUGCAUGGACGGCGUCGACGCGUUUUUAUUUGUGGUCAAGUGGGGCCGCUUCAAGCCGGAGCACGAGCGGGCCCUCGACGCCUUCGCUUCUAAUGCGGGCGAGGACGCGCUGCGGCACACGUUGCUUGUGUUCACGCACUGCGAUGUGGAUAAUCUCGAUGCGAUCUUGGCCUCGGACGCGGCGCCAAAAUCAUUAAGAGAAAGGUGGCUGCCUCGGCUGGCUGGCGCCGUGGGCGUCGACAACGAGCAGAGGCUCGUGGCGCGCGCGCGGCUGCAGACGGCGCUCGAUGGACUCGUGGCUCGACUAAAGAAUGAGCGCUACAGCCACGAUUCAUUAAGGGCCGCGCAGAAACGGCGCGACGCCGCGCGCGAGGCCGACCGGGAGGCGUUCCGGGCCGCGGUGCUGGACUGGCGGAAGAAGGACGGACCCCUGGUCGUGGAGCGGUUCGGGCGGCCCGUGGAGAAGGAUAAGUAGUGGGAU